UUACACACACUCACACACACUCACACGUUCAUACACUAGUGUACACUCUCUCUCUCUCUCUCUCACUCUCUCUCUCUCUCACACACACACUCACACACACUCACACGUUCAUACACUAGUGUACACUCUCUCUCUCUCUCUCUCUCUCUCUCACUCUCUCUCACACACACACUCACACACACUCACACGUUCAUACACUAGUGUACACGCUCUCUCUCUCUCUCUCACUCUCUCUCACACACACACACACUCGCACACACACCGCGGCUGAGUGUCAACUUCAGUUGGUUGGUGUUCCUGCUGCAGUAACUCGGUGCGGGUUGGUGUUGGUGUGUAUGUGCGGAUAUCAGCGCAGUUCUAACGUCUUCAUUUCAUCAACUGUAUCCUGAAACAGUAGGGUCUUGUAACCUGUUCCACGAUGUCCGAAUCGGGAGAUCCAGUCGAUCCCAUGGAGCCCGCCCAGCCUACAGAUCCGGCAGAACUGACAGAUCCAGCAGAUCCCUCCGAAGCAACAGAGCAUGAUGGGAAUGAACUAAGCCCAGUGGACUUUAUCCAGCUGCAGCAGUACAUGGACUACUGCAGCCUGAAAGUGAAAGACGUCCUGAAGGAAUUCGAUGAGGACGGUCAGCUGGCGAAGUACAGACGCGGCGAGUGCAUCGAUGAAGAGGGCUUCGGUCUCUUCCUCAAGACGUAUCUGGACUCUGAGGAUUUCCCGGUGGAUUUCUGCCAGCGACUCUUCAGGUCCUUUCUGACGUCCGAGGAUGCCAGGGAGGUUUUCCUUAAAGACGUGUCCUGUUAUUUCUCACUGCUGGAGGAAGGACAACCACGAGACAAACUGGAGUUUGCUUUUAAACUGUACGACCGAGAUGGAAACGGAGUCCUGGACAGUUCGGAAGUGGAUCGGAUUAUCGCCCAAAUGAUGCACGCUGCAGACUACCUGGGUUGGGACGUGUCAGAACUCAGACCUGUGCUGAAGGACAUGAUGACGGCGAUUGACUCAGACAGCAGUGGAACUGUGUCGUUAGACGAGUGGGUGGAAGGAGGGAUGAACAACGUUCCUCUGCUGGUUCUGCUCGGGCUGAAGAUGACACAGAGGGACGGGCAGCACCUCUGGAGGAUGAAGCACUUCAACAAGCCGACGUACUGUAACGUGUGCCAGAGCAUGCUGCUGGGUCUGCGCAAACAGGGCCUGUGCUGCACAUGGUGCAAGCUCACGGUGCACGGACGCUGUGCCAACAGGACUCCGACCCCCUGCACCCGAACCUACGUCAAAUCCAAGAAAGACGCCGGGAUCUCGACUCACGACUGGGUGAGCGGAAACUGCGACUCGGGCAAGUGUGAGAAGUGUCAGAAGAAGAUCAAGAGUCUGACGGGCAAACGCUGUGUGUGGUGCCAUACCAUGCGUCAUGACGAAUGUGUGAACCAGGAACCUUCAGAGUGUAACUGUGGCCCUCUGAGAGACCACAUUCUACCACCCUGGGCCAUUUACCCUGUCAUGAAGGAGAGGGCAAACUGUGUAAAGAACGGUUCAUCAGAUGACAGUGACCUCAACACCACACCUGAUGGGCAGGUACUGCAGGCCAUGGCUAUUCCAAACACUCACCCUCUUCUGGUCUUUGUGAACCCCAAAAGUGGAGGGAAGCAGGGUGUGAGGGUCUUUCGUAAGUUCCAGUACCUGUUAAACCCUCGACAGGUUUAUAACCUGUGUAACGGAGGACCAGCACCAGGGUUGAGCUUCUUCAGGGACCUUCAGGAUUACAGAAUAUUAGUGUGUGGAGGUGACGGGACUGUUGGCUGGAUCCUCGAUGCAAUAGAUAAGGCGAGCUUGCCGGUGCGUCCUCCGGUGGCUGUGCUUCCUCUCGGCACAGGAAAUGAUCUUGCCCGGUGUCUGCGGUGGGGAGGAGGUUAUGAUGGCGUGGACCUGAGCCGGAUCCUGAAGGCCAUUGAGUUCAGUACUCCGGUGCGGAUGGACCGCUGGAGUGUACAGGUGAUACCGGACGAUAACGAGGAGAAAGGAGACCCGGUGCCUUAUGAGAUCAUCAACAACUACUUCUCCAUCGGCGUGGACGCCUCGAUCGCUCACCGGUUUCACACCAUGAGAGAAAAACAUCCUCAGAAAUUCAACAGCAGAACGAAGAACAAGCUCUGGUACUUUGAAUUCGCCACGUCUGAGACCAUUUCAGCUUCCUGCAAAAAACUCAAGGAGUGUCUGAGCAUCGAGUGCUGCGGGGUUCAGCUGGACCUCGGUAACCAGUCCUUGGAGGGCAUCGCUGUCCUGAACAUUCCCAGCAUGCACGGCGGCUCGAACCUGUGGGGUGAGGCCAAAAAGAGCGACCGAGCCGGUCAGGAGGUUCCUGAGGUUAUAGUGGACGUCGAUGUCCUGAAGGUCAGCCCUCAAGACAUGAGUGACAAGCGUCUGGAGGUGGUGGGACUGGAGGGAGCAAUAGAAAUGGGACAGAUCUACACCGGCCUCAAGAGUGCCGUCCGGCUCGCCAAGACCUCCCAAAUCACCAUCAAGACAAAGAAAGCUCUGCCCAUGCAGAUCGAUGGGGAGCCGUGGAUGCAGCCACCGUGUACGAUUCAUAUCACACACAAGAACCAGGCCAGCAUGCUCAUGGCUUCUCAAUCCAAAUCCGGCUUCUUCAAGUAGCGCCGCCACCCGCACCCGCAUCGAGCAUCCUGAUAGACGCCAAUCUAUGGUCAUGUGGUCCAACUAUAUAUCAACUCACACAGGCACUGAAACCCAUAGCUCUGUAGCGAGCGCCCCGUAUAGAUUGCUAAAAAGAAAUCUGUCACCAAAUGUGAGGUUCUUAAAAAUGUUCUAAUCGCAUGUGAUGCCAACUUCAGACAUAACAGACCUGGUUCUGUGGCCAAAGUCUGUCUGUAUAUUCUAACAGAGCUCUCAUCUAGACUUCAGUUCGUACUUUUGAACGUGACGUAGAGAUUUUCUCUCUUUUUAGCUUCCACGUGCAUUAAGAAUGCAGUGUUAGUUUUAAUCGAGUCGUGCCAUUACGGUUCUUUACAGCAGACGAGCAUAAAAGAGCGCUUUCGUUUUCUUAACUGGCUUUAGUGAUAAUGCAUCUUAGAUUAAUAAGCUUUAAACUGGAUUUACUGGGUUAUAUUUUCUGUCUGUUGUGGAUUGCCAACUAAUUUAUUUGAUCUUUUAUGAAUGUUCACACCUGAAGUGAGUGGUGUCAUUUUUAGGAAAUGUUUUAACAGCUCUGUUAUUCUGCCUUAUUAUUCUGAUCUUGAUCGUGUCUGAACUGACCAUUCCGCUUUGCAGUUUACUACAUUUCAGUACCUUUAACAGCUCGAAUGUGCACAUUGGUAGGAAACUUAAUAAUAUUAAUAAAAUUAAGAUCUAUUCCUGCUUCUCUUCAGUCAGUAAAUAUUAAACAGAUAACCAGGACAGAAAUGUCUGUAACAGUAGAUCGAUCACGUGCCUCGCAUCACCUUUCGAGUCCUUCUGGCAUAUUUUGUCACUUUCUCUUGUUUAUUUUCUGAAUAUAAAAUAAUAGAGGAUCUUUCACUUAACUGUUUGUAAAAAUGACUGAAUAAAUAUUAUAAAAUUUAACAAAA